UUUUUCACGGCGGAACUCUACCUGCUCAAGGGUCUUGCUUUGCUGCUUGUGGCAAGUUAGUUCUUGUUGGCACAAACUGCCCAGCAUGGGUCGCUCAUCCAAGGACAAGAGAGAUAUAUAUUAUCGUCUGGCCAAAGAGGAGGGCUGGAGGGCCCGCAGUGCAUUUAAAUUGCUGCAGCUGGACGAGGAGUACCGCCUCUUCCAAGGGGUGCAGAGAGCAGUGGAUCUGUGCGCAGCCCCAGGGAGCUGGAGUCAGGUGCUCAGCAGAAAGCUCCGGGGCGGUGAUGAGCAGAGCAGGGGGGUAAAGAUUGUGGCAGUGGAUCUACAGGCAAUGGCGCCCCUCCCAGGGGUCAUUCAAAUUCAGGGGGAUAUCACAAAGGUCUCCACUGCCCAUGAGAUCAUCGGGCACUUUGAAGGACAGCCGGCUGAUUUAGUUGUUUGCGACGGCGCCCCCGAUGGUAAUGUAGAGAAUUCCUAUGGACCAGGGAUAUUUAUUUUCCCAUUUCUGCUCCCAGAUUAGACUAUGUUGUGUAUAUUCUAUACAGGGGCGGCUUCAGGCACCUAAACCUUUCUAUAUGGCAGCACUCUGAGUCUCCCAGUUGCACUAUCCGCAUUAGCAAGUCCCAUUUAAAGGGAAAGACUUUGAAUAAAACUAUGCCCAACAUCGGUCCUGAUAUAAACCAGGGGUAGGCUGUAUAGACACCAGAGUUCUAUACUUGGUUAUUUACAGGGGAAGAUAGAAUUUGCUUACGUAGGGGAGGGGUUAAGGUUGCCUGACCAUGGGAAAGAGAGCAGCCCAGGAAGUGCAGAGAAUCAGAGAUCUAUACCUGGUUAUGUACUGGGGUAUAUAGACUUUGCUUACACAGGGAAGGGCUUCUUGUCUGACGAUGGGAAAGAGAGCAGCCCAGGAAGUACAGAGAAUCAAGAGAUCUAUACCUGGUUAUGUACUGGGGCAGAUUGGAUUUGCUUACACAGGAAAGGGGUUCUUGUCUGACCAUGGGAAAGAGAGCAGCCCAGGAGUAGAAAGAAUCAGAGCUCUGUACAUAGGUGAAUUCUGGGGGGUGGGGUUCAUGCAGAAGCAGGUGUCACUGCAACAUGACUUAACCUUGAACUGGUUCAGCUAAAAGCUAAAGGCCUGUCUUUCACUUGCAGUGACUGGAUUACAUGACAUUGAUGAGUAUAUUCAGGCACAGCUCUUGCUGGCGGUAAGUGCUCCCCCAUGUAAUGGUGCAGUGCCAAUACCCCCAUCAUUGUGUAUUGGAAUGUUCUUUCUUCUCCUGUCCAGGCCCUGAAUAUCACCACUCACGUGCUCAGAGACGGCGGCACUUUUGUGGCCAAGAUAUUCCGGGGCAAGGAUGUGACCCUUCUGUAUUCCCAGCUGCAGAUAUUCUUCCGAGAGGUGACCUGUGCCAAACCCCGGAGCAGCCGCAACUCUAGCAUCGAAGCCUUUGUCGUUUGCCAGGGUUACCACCCCCCAGAAGGGUAUAUCCCAAAUAUGUGCAACCCCCUGCUGGACCACAGCUACGAUGUGCAAUUCAAUCAACUGGAGGGCCCCAAUCGUGUCAUCGUGCCAUUCUUGGCCUGUGGGGAUCUGAGCGCAUACGAUUCUGACCGAACCUACCCACUAAAGCUGCAGCCUGAUAAAGACUAUACCUAUGUGCCCCCCACACAGCCCCCCAUCCGCCCCCCAUACCAGGAGGCCUGUUUCAUGAAGAAAAACAACCUGCUGGCUAAAGAGAAGCUUCCUCACCAGGGGCAAGAGGAGCAGAGGGGCCCCACAUGCAGCAGUAUUGGGAACGCAGAGGCCACAAAUUGCACCGAACCGACAGAACAAAACCCAAAAGAGGAGGCAGUAGAACAGAUUCAGAAGCUCCAUAUAUCUGCUAGUCAAGAAGGGGCUCACAGGGGGUUUCUUCCUAAUGCCCUACAGUAAUACAUGCAAACAUUUUAGUGAAAUGAGAAUUUUUAUUUCUUCCCAAAGAAUCGUCUACCUAUUUAUUAGCAUUUUAUUUGUACAAAAUAAACCGAUUUUAUACUGGACACAAUCCGUCCAAUCGA